ACUGACGACAGUGACUCCUCGUCAAACUAUUCAGACGAUGAUUCUAUGGGCCGAGGCCGAUCAGAACCAGAAACAAAACCCAUCUUAUCUGUCCAGAGAUCUGGACACAUAGAUCAUUUUGACAUCGUGGAGCGGGUGGAGAUGGGUCAAAUGGCCUCCAUGUUCUUCAACAAAGUUGGAGUCAACAUGUUCUACAUCUGCAUCAUCGUCUAUCUUUAUGGAGACCUGGCCAUCUACGCUGCCGCCGUGCCCAUAUCACUAACAGAAGUGGCCUGUGGAAAUCACUCCUGCAGCGCGGGAAGUGUAAAGUACAACGACACAGAUCCGUGUUGGGGAUCUGUCACCAGAAAAGAUGCAUACAGGGUCUUUUUGGGAGUCUUCACUCUUCUGUUGGGACCUUUCACCUUCUUUAAUGCUCAGAAGACCAAAUAUCUUCAAAUUCUCACCUCACUCAUGCGCUGGAUUGCAUUCAUCAUGAUGAUCAUCUUGGCUCUGAUUCGGAUCGGUAAAGGCACCGGAGAGGGACACCCCCCUGUUGCCAGCUUCUCUGGCGUCCCGAACCUAUUCGGCGUGUGCGUCUACUCCUUCAUGUGCCAACACUCGUUGCCCUCCCUGGUGACGCCCAUCUCUGAGAAGAAGUGGGUUGGCACCCUGGUGUUGGCGGACUAUGUCCUGAUUUUGGGCUUCUACGUGCUCCUCUCCUUCACCGCCAUCUUCUGCUUUGACAGUUCAUUGUUGCAUGCCAUGUACACCUUGAACUUCACAGACAACUGUAAUGUGUUGGAUAUUUCAGCUCUGCGCUACUUCCUGGGCCUUUUCCCCGUUUUCACCAUCAGCACCAACUUCCCCAUCAUCGCCGUGACCCUUCGAAACAACUGGAAGACGCUGUUCCACCGAGAAGGGGGAACUUACCCGUGGGUGGUGGACCGAGUGGUGUUCCCCCUCAUAACCCUGGUGCCCCCCAUUGUGGUGGCCUUCUGCACAAACAACCUGGAGUCCCUGGUGGGGAUUACAGGAGCCUAUGCUGGAACUGGGAUCCAGUACAUCGUCCCAGCAUGUCUUGUAUUUUUUGCCAGACGCCACCUGGAGCCAGUGGUGGGCCGAGAUGCCAUCAACAUGCACCAGUCUCCUUUUCGCCAUGCCUUCUGGGUGUGGUUCGUCUUAAUCUGGGCUGGCUUCUGCCUCAUGUUUGUCACAGCAAACAUUAUCUUGACAGACACAAAGAAAUAAGAACUGGACUUUAUAAAGGUCCGUGUCUGAACGUUCCUCUUUCCAAGGCCUUACUGCUGCUCCACAGACUCCGUGCCUUUCCAUCAAACGUUUGUUGCUUAAAUUCAAAGGGAUGAAACAUUAUUUGUUGAAAGGGACCAAAUGUUUACUUUUCAAACUGAAAGCUGAGGAGUGUAUGAUCGAAACAAAAAAAUCUAUUAAAAAUGUUUUGCAGUCUGAGGUUUUCACAUGGUUUUACAUGAACACAGCUUUUGGAAAAUGAACCAAGUACACUUAAAACAGGAAACAGCUGAGAGACGCAGGGAAAGAUGAAAGAGAAGUUUAAUCCCUGCUACCACCUUCUGAUUUCUGAGUCCUGUGGUUUUUUAGAAGCUGUAGAAUCUUCCCAUCUGGUUUUGCCUGAAGGACUCUUCUCUUUUUUAAUUUCACUCUUUAAAUCAAUUAAAGAAAAAUCGUUCAGACUUUAAUGCUGAUGCUUCGCAUCCGAAUAUUCCAAUAAAACUAAAUUAAAACUGGAGGAAUGCACAAGCUGUCACAACUUUGUUCUUCAUGUGACUUGGUACUGAGAUAAGAACCGGGAACAUUCGCUCUAUUAGAAGCUGAUGGGUAUUUAUCCCUCAGCCAUCAUGAACGAUGAAGCUGCGUCUGUGACGGGUCGGCCUGCGUCUGUUUAUCAGAACGUGCUCAGUUGUAGUUUGUGUUUCCCAUGUUCCCUGUUCAGUUCAUGACUGUCAGCCUUAACGGGUCCGUCACACAGCUCCGAACCUGCCAGGAUGUUUCAGAUCCACGGGUUUUCAGAACAGAUGUUUUGGUGGCUCUCAGUCUGAACUCUUCUUUCAGUUGGUAGAAACAUGCUGAGGCAAUUAAAUAUUUCAUUGUGAUCCUGUGUGAGCAUCACACAUAAGAUGUAUUUAUAUUAACCACCUAGAAUAAACAAAACCACACGUUUAAGCCAAGCUGUCUGCUUUAACUGAAGGAUUUGUGUGAAAUUUCUUUUUCAGCAGUUUUAUUUGAAACAAAAGUUGCACUUUAAUCUUCCCACAAAGCAAAGUCAGUUUAAUUAUGUUUACACCUGUAUGCCUGAUCAUUUAUUUUGAUACUGUGUGCCGAACUUGUUGGUUAAUCUAAUGUGAACUCAGUGGGAACAAGACCUGUUGCUAUUUUAAGUGUCCAAAGACAAAAAGAUGCACAGUUUUUGGACAUACUUUAGUUAAUCUUACUGAUUCAUAUAUAUUGUUAAUAUUUUAUGUUUAUGAAUUCCUGGAAACACGUCUCAGAAACGUUUCUGUUAUUAGAAGUAUUAAAAGGAUUUAUCUGGAUAUAACGUGUAUUUGGAUAAAACGGACCAAAAGCUAAACAUGUUACAAGUUUGAAUUUGCAGCUGACAGUCUAAAACAUAAAGGUGAUCCACACGUGUAGACAUUUUGUUUGUUCUGAUUCUCAUUCAUGAGUUAUUCAUGCAGGAAAACAUUGUUUCCUCAGGGAGAAACGAUUCCAGCUCUAGUUAGACUUUGGGUUAGAUGUUCCUAGUUUCUGCUGAAUGUUUGGUGUAUUGUUUGGGUUAAGACUCAAGUUUCUUCCCCUUGUAGAGAUGUUGUUCAAAUGUUUAUGUCAAAACAGUUGUCUGCAAAAAAAAUAGUUUUCCAAGGCCAAAUCAACAGUUUUUAUUUCAACAAAUUCAAUUCCACUUCUUCAUAGAUUUUGUCUUCCUGCAACAAUUCUCCACUCAUUUGAAAUCUGAUUGAGACUUAGACAGAGACACUAUCUAUAGACACCUUUAUAAUAAUAAUAAUAAUAAUAAUAAUAAUAAUAAUAAUAGUAAUAAUAAUAAUCAGUGUUUCAGUUUUAAACAUGAUGCGAGGCCCAAGACAUUAUAAACUGUCUUUUUACCAAACAUAAGACUGAUAACAAAUACUUGAUAAUAAAAUUUAGGACUCUAUGAAAUCCUUUAAUAAAGCGUGUUUGUCAAUCAUUGCUUUAGGAACUUAAAAUGGCAAAAGAGAGGACCUUACUGGGGGGGAAAAUUGGAUUUUUGGACCUCUAAAAGUUGCACAGGUGUGAGUUAAAGUUCACCCUCAGUAUUUGCUGUAAUUCAGGGAUUCAGUUUCCAAAGGCACACAGCUUCUUGAUGAGUUUUAAGGUGUGGUUUACUCAUUUAUUCAAUGUAUUUGCAGUGUUCUCUAAUAUAAAUGCCUCAUGAGUCAUAAGAAAAAGCUAUGAUGCUCCUGUUCUGAGAUGCAGAAGUUUGCUGGUCUAGAGGUGGGCUGAAAACAGCAGGAUUGCUCAUUAUUAAUAAUGGUAAGCACACACCUUGCUUCUGAUUAACUAACAGAAUGCAUUCAGCCAUUUUGGAAAGUCGCUGUCAUCAAGACACUCUGUUUUAUCUCCUCACUGCAAAUACAUUUUUUAAAAAGCCCUACCAUGAAUGCAAAUUCACAGUGUGACAUAGAUAUGUGAGGAUUUUCAGAUCCUAGCAUUUCACCAUCUACUUUCUAUCAGAAGCUAAUAUUGGAGGUAGGUGUAGGAGACUGUCUUCAUGUUUAGCCUGCAUGAAAAACUCGGAGUGAUCGAUUAUAAUAAGAAAUUAUCAUUAAAUAAUUUUUUGGGUCAACCACACCUUUAAAAGCAGCUUUAAGAGUUUGGCUCAUGUCGAGUUGUUGUAACCUGGAUGUUUUUAAGGGAAUUUUCACAGCGUGGUGUUGAUUUUAUGGGAAUAAGACUCUGCUGGUCUUCAGGCGGUAACAGCCCUGUGUGGGUGUGGCCUGUGUGCAUGGGUGGAGCCUCUACUGGUUUGUUUCAGUUUACAUUUCCACUUAUCCAUCCUCAUGUUUUACAUUAGUAAAGUUGAACGUCUGAAGGGAAAAAACACUUAAACUUUCACAGCAAACAAACACAACAUCCCCAGAGUGAGGGAGAGAUUCUUGAUUUUUUUGACGACUUAAGUUUUUUUUUUUCUCACGUGUCAAGUCAGUUAUUUUACUUGUUUAAAGCCACAUUUUUUAAAUCCUUCAUGGCAUGACUUCAUCUUACUGACAAUAUGUUUGGUGCCAAAAACCUUUUCUUUAAAUCUGCUUUUCUUUUUAUGUCUUCAUUUUAUUAAAGUGAUUUAUUUGUUUUAUUUCAAAAACGGUUUUAUUUUUAUUUGCUGAUGUUUAAUGGAUCUCUGUUUCUAUGAUCUUUUCCUCAUCACUUUACAUUCUGUAUGGAUGUUUGCUUGUUUUGUGACUUUUCUUUGACUCACGGAUAAAUAAAGCCUUUAUGUUCUGAAUUUUAUUAGCAUUGAAACAAAAA